AUCAUGGCACCUGCAUUACUGAUUCUUUUGGGGGCCACAGUGAUACUGCAAGCAGACUUACUUCCUGAUAAAAAAUUUUUACUUCUCCCACCUGUCAAUUUCACCAUUAAAGCUAUCAAUUUAGCUCAAGUUCUUUUACGCUGGGAACCAAAUACCGAUCAAGAACAAAGAAAUGUCCAGCUAGGGUAUCACGUGAAAAUAAAUGCUCCACAAGAAGAAGAUUACGAAACCAGGAACACUGAGAGCAGACGCGUAACCAUCCUUCAUAAAGGCUUUUCAGCAAGUGUGCAGACGGUCCCGUGGAACGACCGCUCCCUCCAGCCAAGCAGCUGGGUUUCCGCGGAACUUAAAGCCCCACCAGGGUCUCCUGGAACCUCAAUUGUGAAUUUAACUUGCACCACGAACACCAAGGCAAAUAAUUACACACACUUACGGCCGUACCAAGUCUCUCUUCACUGCACCUGGCUUGUUGGCAAGGACGCCCCUGAGGACACGCAGUAUUUUCUCUACUAUAGGUAUGGCUCUUGGACUGAAGAAUGCCAAGAAUACAGCAAAGACACCUUGCAGAGAAAUAUCGCCUGCUGGUUUCCCAGGACUUUUAUCAAUAGCAAAGGGCGCGACUUGCUUGGAGUGUAUGUUAACGGCUCAAGCGAGGAAGCUGCGAUCAAGCCUUUCGAUGAGCUCUUUGCCCUUCAUGCUAUUGAUCGAGUAAAUCCUCCAGCAAAAGUCACAGCAGAGAUCGAAGGAACCUGUCUCUCUAUCCAAUGGGAGAAACCAGUUUCUGCUUUUCCGGUCCAUUGCUUUGAUUACGAAGUGAAAAUUUACAACACAAGGAAGGGGUAUUUUCAGACAGAAAAAACGACGACCAAUACAUUCAUCUCUGUGAUUGAUGGUAUCUCUGAGUAUUCCAUUCAAGUGCGCGCGGCAGUGAGCUCUGUGUGCAGGGCGGUGGGACCCUCCGGUGAAUGGAGCCAGCCUGUUUAUGUGGGAAAGGAUGAGCAGACUCCCUGGACAAAAUGGUUCCUUAUUGCAGCUACGGUGACCAUCUGCUUUAUCUUGUUAAUUUUCUCACUCAUCUGCAGAAUAUGCCACUUGUGGACCAAGUUGUUUCCACCUGUUCCCGCACCAAAGAGCAAUAUUAAAGACUUCUUUGUAACCGUCAACUAUGAGAAAACCGGUUCCAGUGAAACAGAAAUUGAAGUCAUAAGCCACGCGGAGGAGGCUGGAUCUGAGACCCUGGAGGACUCCGUGUUUUGA